ACCGAUGGGCGCAGUAUGGGCUCGGCCGGUUCCGGGAGUCGGUUGAGAUCUCUCUUCGAAACCUUGAGAAAGAUAUCUGGACCGGUAUUGCGCAACAGUUGGUACGCUUGGAGGCUAUGUGGGAUCUACACCACCUUCUUCCUACCGUGGCACAGAAAUCGCACUAUCCGCCUACGGACUUAGCUCGUAUGGAGAGGCUGUUCGAAUUGAAAAAAGAGUGUUGACCCAAAGAUGGUAAUCCCCGCCACGACGAAUAUGAAGCUUUACGAAACGGCGGCAUUCACACCCGCACCUAUCCCUGGAUGGCUUCCGAUAUGAUGCAUCGAGGAGAACGUCUCGAGGAACUGAAGCAGGACAUGCAGAAGGCGUCUAACUCGUGGUGUAGUGUCGAGAACAGUUCCAUCAAGGAAGGUAAUCGGACCACGGCCCAGGAUGCAUACGGCGUUUAUGCGAUCACUGAUUUGCGAAAAGGCGAGAUCCUGCUUGUCGAUCGUACAGUGGCGGCUGUUACAUCCGACGAGGGAUCAUGCCAGGUAUGCUUCCGCAGAUUGACUGCCAACGCAGUCGAUCUCCUAUGCUGCAACGUCAAGUUUUGUAGCACGGCAUGUGCAAAGGAGGCGAAAAAGUCCUUUCACAAAGCCAUGUGUGGCAAGACUUUUAGGUUUCCUGGACUGAGCGACCUUUGCUUGUUUCGACAGACGCUAAAUUCGCUUUUACUGCGUUGCCUAGCUGUUAUCGUUCAGGCAGACAUCGGUUCACACCCACUGUACAAUUCGGUGGUCAGUACCCUUACAGCUAAUCGCGCUGGCCCUCGACCCUGGAGAUACCACGACGACAUCAUCUACCCCAUCCACAUGCUUCAAACCCUCGGCAUCGACGUGUUCGCUGAUCUGCGCCACGACACUUGGGUCAUCAGGACGAUGUACAUGCGAAUCCUCAACAAUAUGGAUGGAGAAGAGGAAGGAAAUGGAGUCCGCACCAAGUUAUUAAAUCGGCUGUAUUCCAUGCUCAACCACAGCUGUCACCCGAACCUGGACUGGACGCAUCAAUAUGACCGACGCUCUUCAGUGAUGAUUCGUGCCAAGCGAGAUAUCAAGAAGGGCGAGGAGCUUUUUAUCUCCCACGUUGGCGAGGAGGGCAGAUUCCAGCCAUUUGCUGAGAGACAGAGGCGUCUCAUCACUUGGUUUGGUGCUGAUUGUGGAUGUGCGAGAUGUAAGGCCGAACGGCCCGGCGCGGACGAAGCCGAAUUUGCGAGGUAUUGGCGGGGACACCUUUCUGCUUGCUCUUCAGAAGACCGCUCGCAAAACAUGCUCUUUCUCGCGGCAACAGAGCAGAGGAGGACAGUAGAUUGGUAGGUCACACCGUCUAGGGAUGGUCCGGCAAGGUAACAGACUGUUCUUAAUGGUUUGCUUCUAUCUCACUCAAAUUUUACAAUGCAUGUUGAAGUACCUUUGGUUGUGUCCAGGAACGGUCCAUGACAAACAUGGCAGUACUAUGACUCUUGAUUCCGUCGACAUGGAUUCUCUCUUCCUCAUUUCUUCAAGCAAGAUCUGCAAGAGCAAACUUG